AUGUCGAAUUUAGGUUCGUAUGGUUCGAGUGGAUUCACUCCUGAGGUCAAAAACGAACCUGUUGAGUAUAUUCCAGAACCAGUCAAAGAAGUUCCAGAAGAAGAUUCGAUUUCUGCGGUUGAAUCUUUAUUUGCUUCACCAAAUGCAGCCGACCACACAAGUGCAAUGAAAAUGUUGAUUGUUUUGAUUUCUAAAGGUCAAGAUGUUUCUCAUUUUGCUCCUUUAGUCAUUCAAGAAAUAGCUUCAAAUGAUUAUUUGAGCCGCCAGCUUGCAUAUAUCUUUUUAAAUCAUUACUCUGACGAAGCUAUCGAUUUCAUCGUAUUAUCUAUCAAUACAUUCCAAAAAUCGUUACAAGAUUCCGAUCCAAUAGUAAGAGCUCUUGCAUUAAAAGUCUUGUCUACAAUCCGUUCGCGUGAAAUUCUUCCAACAAUAAGAGAUGCCAUUGUUCAAGUUGCUGGAGAUACAAAUCCUUAUGUUAAGAAAGUAGCUGCUUAUGCAAUUAUCAAAGCAGCCGAAUUAUCAGAGGAUGAAACAGAAACAGAGCAAUAUUUACCAAUUCUUGAGCGACUUUUGAACGAUGAUAGUCCAAUUUCAUUUUCCGGUGCAAUUGCUGCAUAUUGGACACUCUGCCCUGACGCUAUUGAGCUUCUUCACUCAAAGUUCAGAUGGAUGUGCCACAAUAUGGAAAAAAUGGACGAAUGGGGCCAAGUUUACUCUUUAAGAUCUUUAACAGUCUAUUCUCGUUAUUGCUUCAAGAACCCAACUGAAGUCCCAGAGGAUGAGUCAAACGCUGCUUUCUGGGACGAAUCAGAACAGACAGAAAAUAUAUCUCCAGAUUUAUCAUUAUUACUACAUACGGCAAAGAAAUUACUUAUGUCCCAGAACUCCGCUGUCGUUCUUGCAGCUGCAGCUCUCAUUUACUAUUGCGCUCCCGCAUCAAUGAUUUCAUCUGUCGCAAGACCACUCGUUAGGCUUAUUUACGAUUCACAAAUUACAGCCAAAAUUGCAAUCAAUUUCAUUCUUACCGUCUCUUCCAAGUACAAGCAUAUCUUUAUUCCUCAUAUUAAUCAUUUCUACGUCAGAAGAACGGAUUUACCAGAAGUCAAGAGCCUCAAGCUCAAGCUUUUGUCAUGUCUUGUUCUCCCAGCCAACGCAAAACAAGUUCUCGAGCAACUUUCUACGUAUUCCGGAAGUACAAAUCUAGAUUUCGCUUCCGAUGCAGUUAAAACGAUCGGCAAGAUAGCCAUGACCAACGACAACAUCGCAGUACCAGCAUUGAACCACUUACUACAGUUAAUUGGCCAACUUGACGGCAAAAUCUUGACAGAUUGCAUUUUAUCGAUCGCACACAUCCUCAGAAGGAACACGAUGUCAAGCGAUGAGAAGAGCGCAAUCAGGUCAUUGGCCCGCAAGUUCACAACACUCAAAGAUCCACAAGCAAAGGCCGCAAUUUUGUCUAUCGUUGGAGAUUGUCACGUUUCUCAUCCAGAAUUUGGUCCACAGCUUCUUAGAGUGAUUGCAAAGACAUACAAUGAGCAGCAUCCAGAUGUCAGACUCCAAAGCUUGGCAUUAGCUGCGAAAGUCAUUGUUUCUGGAACAGAUUCCAAGAUUCCUGAAUUUAUUUUGAAGAUGGGUCAAAACGAUGUCGAAUUUGAUAUCAGGGACAGAGCGGGAUUCCUGUUCAGCAUCACAAGCACAAAAACAGAGAAGCUCAAAGCGAAAUUACCUGAAAUUAUGUUCCAACCACGACAAAUUCCUGUUUGGGCGCAAAGUGAGGAACAAAACAACUUCGCAUUGGGAACAUUAUCUAACCUGUUCAACCACGAAAUCCCUGGUUACGAGCCUGUACCUGAUUGGGCACCUGUUGAACAACUUCCUGUUGAUUCUGUCAGAAAACCGAAAUCUGCCUUCGGAGACGAUGACGAUGACGAUGAAGAAGAGUCAAAUGAUGAAAGGAAACAGACAUUGAAUGAAUUCUUCGUCGGAUCUGAUUCUGGUGCUGAAUAUGAGGUAGAAGAAGAGGAAGAGGUUGAUGAAGAAGAGGAAGAAGAAGUGGAAGAGGAAGAAGCUAAAGAUGAUGAAAAAGAAAAUAAUGAAUUCUUCCUUUAG